AAAAUGUCUGCCUUCCAUCUGGGUAUAACAAGAUUCCAAGGAACUGUACUAGCUGAUGCCUGUGGGACACAGCUGGGAAUACAGGAUCAUCAGGCUUAAAGGAACAUAAAUUCUUGCUAAAAUGGCACUGGCCAGUUCGAUUCCUAGCAAAGCAGCACCACCACACUCCAGAAAAGUUUCUGCAGCAGGGGUGGAAGUGCACCAGAGCAAGAUGGAUUUUUUCUGCAAGCUGGGCUAUGGUAAGCAGGACAUCUGCAAAGUGCUGGAGAACCUGGGCCAAGAGGCCCUGGAGGAUGAUGUGCUGAAAGAGCUGAUUCGGAUGGGGAGUAAACCUCAGGCUCUGGAGAGCCAGGCUCAGCCUUCCCAGCUGAAGCUGGUUGCCCGAGGAUCGUGCAGCACCACACUAGGGCCAAAGUGGCUUGGAGAAGAUGAAAGUGAUUCUUCUGAUUACCUGAGGCCCAUUGUGAUCGAUGGCAGCAAUGUCGCAAUGAGUCAUGGAAACAAGGAGGUGUUCUCCUGCUGGGGGAUCCAGCUGGCGGUGGAUUGGUUUCGAGAGAGGGGGCACACUUACAUCAAGGUUUUUGUCCCACUCUGGAGAAAGGAACCCCCUCGACAAGAGAGCCCCAUUGCAGACCAGCACAUCCUUGAGGAGCUGGAGAAGCAAUCCAUCCUGGUGUACACACCCUCUCGGAAGGUGAAAGGCAAGAGGGUGGUUUGCUAUGACGAUCGCUACAUAGUGAAAGUUGCUUACGAGAGAGACGGAGUCAUUGUUUCCAAUGACCACUACCGGGAUCUCCAAAACGAGAACCCCGAGUGGAAAUGGUUCAUUGAGCAGCGACUGCUCAUGUACUCUUUUGUCAGUAACAGGUUUAUGCCUCCCGAUGAUCCAUUAGGCCGGCAUGGACCCACCUUAAGUAACUUCCUCAGCAAAAAGCCAGUGCUUCCUGAGAAAAAAUGGCAGCCUUGCCCUUAUGGUAAAAAAUGCACCUAUGGCAAUAAAUGCAAAUUUUACCAUCCAGAGAGACAGCAUCAAGCUCAGCUUUCAGUUGCCGAUGAGCUCAGGGCCAAAACAAAGGUCCCGUUAGCCCCGGGGAAAGAGGAGGAGAGGUGCCAGUGCGAAGCCUGCACAGAAACUCUGCGGGAAGCCAGAGGCUGCUCCGGGCCUUCCUGCUGCCCAGGCAGGCCCCAGGGCAGCUGCUCGGAGCAGACAUUCCGGGCCUGGCCCAGCAGUCCUGGCUCUGACCUGCGGCUGGACCAGCGCUUGCCACAGCCAGAGCCGCUCCUGGAGGAGAUGUCGGGCUUGUCCAUCAGCGACGGCACCUACGGCCGCGGCUGGUCCGUGUGCACCUCUGGGGACAGGGCGGUCAUGGACUGCCCUCACCCCUGCUCCGGCCUCAGGCACAAGCUGCUCGCACUCGGCCACCCUCAGGGCCUGGAGCGCCCCGGCUCCCCGCGCUGCCCCUUCCAGGGAGCGCCGCCCCCGCAGGGCGGGAUGUGCCCGGAGCGCGGCUGGGCCCGGGAGCGCCCUGGCGGGCUCGGAACAGGCCACCGGAGCCGCUCCUUCCCUCGUGGUGCUCGGCACCAACAGGCCCUGCAGACCCAGCACCCUCUUGUGCCGCCGUGCACAGCUCUGUGCCCCGACAGGCUUCCCUCGUACGGGCAGCCCCAGCAGCAGCGCGGUGUCCCCAGGCAGCCCCCGGGACAGCCCUUGCGCUUGGAGUCCAGCAAGGGAACGGGCUUAUUCCAGAAAGCUUACCCCGAUGCCUCUUACGGGGACUACUGGCCCACCCCAGCUGCAAGGCCACCCUCUGCCCGGCAAAUAAACAUACACAGGGAGCUCUGCUCCCCUUAUCCUUACGGUGGGAUGAGCCAGGUCAUGACUUUGUACCCCAAUAUCCAGGAUAAGGGGACUGGAGCACCUCCCCUAUAA